AUGCGAAAUUUGAGAUGGGUUCUUCUUGUUCUAUUGAUCUCUUUGUUCAGCAAUGAGCUGAAGUUGGCUGAUUGUGGCAAUGACAAUGAUGCAGACCCAAAUGCGCAGCAGAAUGCGGAUAAAGUCUCGAAGCUUCCAGGCCAAGGCUUCAGUGUGAGCUUUGAACACUAUUCGGGUUUUAUCACUGUCAAUGAGGAAGCUGGACGGGCACUGUUUUAUUGGUUCUUUGAGGCUGCUGAGGACCCUGCUUCCAAGCCUGUUGUUAUCUGGCUCAAUGGAGGGCCAGGAUGUUCAUCAAUUGCUUAUGGAGUGGGUGAGGAACUUGGUCCAUUUCAUGUUGAGAAAGAUGGGAAAAGCCUUUAUCCCAACCCCUAUUCUUGGAACCUAGCUGCAAAUAUGCUGUUCUUGGACUCUCCAGUUGGAGUUGGAUAUUCUUACUCCAACACAUCCUCAGAUCAUACAACCAACGGCGACAAAAGAACUGCGGCCGAUUCCCUUACAUUUGUUGUCAAGUGGUUCGAGCGUUUUCCUCAGUAUAAAGGAAGGGAGUUAUACAUCGUUGGAGAGAGCUACGGAGGACAUUAUGUACCUCAACUAAGCCAAGCCAUAGUGCAUUACAACUCUGCGAAAAACGAGACUAUAAUUAAUUUCAAGGGCUUUAUGGUUGGGAAUGCUUUAUUUGAUACCCAUUAUGAUCAUGUGGGUGUUUUCCUAUAUUUGUGGUCUAGUGGUCUGAUAUCUGAUCAGACAUUCCAGCAGCUAAACCAACUCUGCGACUACGAUUCGUUUAUAAGUCCAUCAGAACCAUGUAACAACACUCUUGACAUUGCCAACAGAGAAAUAGGAAACAUUGAUCAGUACAGUCUGUUUACUCCAGCUUGCACAGACAAUUUCAGCAUUCUAAAGCGGAUUCUGUCAAGGCGGCCGAAUAAUGCUCGGAAAAUCAGCAGAGAAUAUGAUCCGUGUACGGCAGACUAUGCAACAGUAUAUUUCAAUCUUCUAGAGGUUCAAAGGGCACUUCAUGUUCAUGACAGAGGCACUUCUUUUACUUGGCAACCCUGCAAUAUGGAUGUGUACAAUACUUGGAAAGAUUCCCCGGCUUCAGUCCUGGACAUCUACCAUGAACUUCUCCAAGUUGGCGUUCGAAUUUGGGUUUUCAGCGGUGACACGGAUACCGUGCUUCCAGUUACAUCCACACGGAUGAGUGUAGCUGCUCUAAAUCUCCCAACUGUUGGACCCUGGCGUCCUUGGUACGAUGAAGAGGGGCAGGUUAGUGGAUGGACACAACAAUAUGAAAAAGGGCUGAAUUUUGUGACUGUGAGAGGAGCAGGCCAUGAAGUUCCGUUACACCGCCCCAAACAAGCUCUCACUCUCUUCAAGUCUUUCAUAUCUGGAUCCGCAUUACCUGAAUUGGAGCUUAUGACUGAUGCUUAG